GCAAUGUCCCUAAUAACAGUGUAAGCAGCGUUUGCCUCCCUUUUGCUACCAGGUGAAUAUAUUGAGGCUGGUAAAGCUAGUGAGGUGUAUCCAAACUGCGGUAUAAUGUUACCUUCUGUACGAGCGGAGCCAACUGAUCUCCACUACUUACACACCUUGUACACAAAAACAUACUACAUGUGCUUUACUAUACUUCUCUAUUCAGGCACAAUACAGCUGAAGAAAAGUGGAAGUUUUUAUGUGUUAACAGGGAUUUCAUUAGAACAUUUUUUGUAAUAUAUUCAGCCAGCCAAUUUAUCAACUUGGUUAACUUUGAUUAAGUGUGUUCUAAACAUACAGCAUUGUAGUUUUGGACAUUUGGGACUUGGACAGUGUCGGCACAUUGCAGAUACAUGUUCAGGCUAUAAACACAAUCAUUUGUACAGAUGUGAGGCCGUGAUGUCAGAUAGAUGACGAUGUCAUCACAGGAGGAGGGGUAUCGUGGCCGACACCAGCGUGACCGCCAUGUGACCUCACAAGAACACGAGCAUCGCCUCUCUGCCAAGACGACUAGCGACACUGACAAACCCGCCACUGUCAAGCACAAGAAACAUGACGAGGAAACCAACAAACACCGGCACUCAUCUAGUCACCAUAGUCACCAUAGACGCCGGGAACCAUCUGGUAGUUCUCGGGAUGAUGAAGAACCUUCGUCAAGUAGAACCCGUGACGCAUCCGUAGAAACCGUUGACAGAGGGGUUGGGCCCACCCCUGCGCCACCACACACCUCACACUUAGACCCCAGAAACUAUGCCCCAACUUAUUAUGGUCUCCCAUCGAGUUUCCUUGAUCCACGUAACGGUCUAGAGCAAACUUCACCGUACGGUGCCUCUGCAAAUCCUUAUGGUUUGCCGCCCGGUUUCCCGUUCUACCAUGUGCCGUACCCCCUCAGCAUCAACCCCCCUCUGCCAUUGAACUCACAGACACUGGAGGGCCGCUACAACUGGCCUCCCCCUGGUUUCCACCAUCCCAUGACUGGACUUCCCACGAGCCCGUCCCAUUCCGAUGUCUCCUCGCUGUAUGGACUGCGUAGCCCCAUGGCCCCUAGUGACUCUCUGUCAGCAGCCCUUGCAUCACGUCUACACUGGGACCAGCUAAGACAGAACUAUCUCCCCCUUGGCUCAGGAAGGAGAUACAGCCCUGCAGCGUUACAAGCCUUACAAGGACCAGGAUUCGGCAGCAGCAGUGGCUAUCCCCAUGACUAUCCAGGAGGGUUCAGUCCGUAUGGGACCCACAGCAUGUUCACUGAUCUGCCUCCCACCCCUGGCAGUGGCAGUGUCACCCUCCCUGGAUCUAUAGACCCAAGUUCUCACCAGACUAGUCCCCGGCAUAGUAUUAUCCCUGCUAAGAGCGCCAAUCGCAAGCGUGCCCUCUCCCACUCCCCGAUCUCCGACUACCUCGACAUUCAGAGCCUCACGCGCAGCUCAGAAGGUUCCCUGCAGCUUACUGGUUUCCUCGCCCACUCCGCCUCCCGGAGCUCCAGCGCAGCCAGUGGAUCUUACGGCCAUCUGUCAGCUGCCUCUCUCGGUGCCAUGAGUCCAGCCAAUCACCCUCAGUUUCCUGGCAAUCCCUACCUGCGCCCUGGAGGGGGCAUGCCCACCUCACCCUUCUACCACCCAGCAAUGUCGGGCAUGCUGGGGCGCAUGGGGGCUGGGCCUCACUUCAUGAUUCCCCCGACCUCUCAAGGCCACACCAGUCUGCUGCAACCACAACCACCACCACAGAAAUCUGAAACACAGUCACAGAUCACCACGACAACGAAGGAGGCGGGCAGUGGGGUUGUGAGCAGCACAGUGGAGCAAGGGUACCAUGAUCACAAGGGCCGAACUAAGAUCAAGGCUGAGAAGGAAGCUUACCUGAAUACACACUCUGUGUAUGAGGGUGACGAUAGCAAUGACGGAGAGGACAAGUCACCUGGUGGCGGGGAGGGGUCCUUGGCAGGGGGCCAUGUGCCUCAGGAAGGGGAACCAGACUUUGUGGAGACUAACUGCCAUUGGGAAGACUGCGCAAAAGAGUUUGAUACCCAGGACGAGCUUGUGAAGCACAUCAACCAAGACCACAUCCAGGCCAACAAAAAGGCGUUCGUGUGUCACUGGUCGGAGUGCAGCCGAGAGGAGAAGCCAUUCAAGGCCCAAUACAUGCUGGUCGUACACAUGAGGAGACACACAGGGGAGAAACCACACAAGUGCACUUUUGAGGGCUGUUCGAAGGCAUAUUCCCGUCUGGAGAACCUGAAGACCCAUCUGCGCAGUCACACUGGCGAGAAGCCUUAUAUGUGUGAGUUUCCAGGAUGUACCAAGGCAUUCAGUAACGCCAGCGACCGGGCCAAACAUCAGAACCGGACACACUCUAACGCUAAACCUUAUGUGUGCAAGGCAGCUGGCUGCACAAAGAGGUACACUGACCCGAGCUCUCUUCGCAAGCACGUGAAGACCGUGCAUGGACCGGAGUUCUACGCCAAUAAGAAGCACAAAGGGGACGGCACCUACUCGUGUAAACAGGAGAAGAAGGAGGAAACGGAUGAGCCGAGAGAUGACAGUACAGAGGAGGGUCGUGCAGGUGUGGAGCAGUGUACCUCAGUAGGGUCUACACAUGGGGCCAGUGGGGACAGGCGCAGUUCACAAGACACAGUGGGCUCUGUUAUUCAGCAGCACCCAUCACCUCAGAGCAGUCCGGAGGUGAAUGUGACCAACAACCUGAAGUCUGACCUUGACGAUCAUGUGACCUCAGGAGGGUCACAGGUGGUCACCAUGGUUACCCAGAGUGUUGAAGCGGAGGAGGAGGUUGACGUACCGGAACCAGACGAGGCUGAUGUACCUGGCUCUGAUAAUCUUGUAGUUAUUCGACAGAACCGAGUGAAUUCCAGUCGCACAUUGCACAAGAGAAACAUACAGAAAAACUUAGCUCUACUACCACCUGUUGGAAAUAAUAAGGUGCGUAAGGAGGGUAGUGGUCCAGUCCAGACGUCUAUCACUGAUCUCAAACCUCCUGCUGCCCCCAACCACACCAGCAAACGCAUCGCUGCUGAUCUCCAUGGGGACUCUCACAAUGGCAAUUCAUUCAGAUCCAGGAGGGACAGUGCAACCAGUACAUUAAGUUCAUGCUUCAGUAGCCUGCGGUCUGACAACAGUCCAAACCCCUUUGGCAGCCUUGCAUCCAGUCGCCGUAGCAGCGAACUGUCCACCAAUCGUCUCAGUGUAACAAACUCACCCUACGAGUACGACAUCACAGGUAAUCGGCCCUACCACCCUCGGCGGUCCUGCAACAGUGACAGCAGUAGUGCCAAUAUGAGUCACAUGGAGGCCCAGUUUCAGAAGACGUACCUUGGCAGUCAGCCAAGUCUGCCCCCUGCCCAGCCGGCCAACUCUGUCAACAUGUGCACUCCCAGCAACAGGUAUCAGCAGGAGAGAAUUGCACGCUUUCUGGCGGCACGUCAGGACAUGUGUUAUGCAAGAAACAGUUCCACUAGCACGCCCUCUGGUACCCCUCUGCCUCAUGACCUGGCUAACAGGGAUGCCAGAAGGGCCAGUGAUCCAGUCAGAGCCAUGGACCAGAAUUACGAAGGUUCACAUAAGAACUUGCAGCGGUUCCAUAGUCUGAACAUGGGCAAACCGCUGCCUGUGCCACCCCAUGGGACAAGGUCAUUGCGUCACAAGUCGGGCUCAUUCAACUCAUCUCGAAGUAGCAUAGCAACCGACCCUGACCAUAGCAAUGGUGCUGACGAGUUUGACAGUUCUGUCAUGGACACUGACACAGAGGCGGGCCUGGAAGACAAGAUGCUAGAGGACAGUGAGGACAUGAUCAUACCAGAUGACAUGAGACGGUUCCUUAACGAACGCUACGGAGACGGUCACUCGCUGUAUUCAUAUGAUCCAAACUCGUUGACUGAAUCAGAAAUAUUUUAUUUGCAGCAAGGUGGGCAAAUUAAUAAUGGAAAUAGUGGAAACCAACAACAGACUGGAUUGCCAGGUGGAUUGGCUCAAAGUUCUCAAAUGGAUGGAUCUAAUAAUAGUGGUAACAAUAGUGGGCAGUGUAGUAGGAAUAAUUCAGUUCAGGGAAUGCAGAAUUUCUAUAGUGCUAAUAGUGGUGCAUCAUGUGUAGAACAGUUUGUGGAUAAGACCGUGUGUAACAUGAAUAACCUUGGCAACCAGGUCAACAUGCAACAACAGUUGUCCAGGGAGAACACUGCCGCCUGGGUUGAACGCCAAAAUUCUCAAAAUCUACCUCAGCCAAUGGGAAUGCUCCCAAAUCUACACCAGGGUCAAGGUAAUGUGUCACCGAGGUCAAAUGUCAUGACUUCACAUCCAAAUAGAAAAGAUGUGUGUGCAAAUGAUAUGAGCAGUAACCAAAGAAACUGGGUGAACAGCAACAACGGUAUGCAGCAGAAUGCAGGUGCUAUGUCCAAUAUGAUGAUGAACAAUGGCCUUGCUCCCAUGAUGCAAUCCCCAGUGCCUAGCAACACGCCCGUACCUCACCCACCUAGAACACCAAAGUCCAGCAACUCCGCCACAUCCCACCAUCAUAAUACCAUGAAAAUGAAUAAUCAAAUGCAUAUGAAUCUUACCCAUAACACGAGAAUUGGCAGCAACCCGAUGAUGGGGCUGAACUCCCCGCAGCCAAAGGUGGAACGAUCCAGUCCCCAGGUGCAGGUUCCCCAUAUUAGUCAGUCACAGAUACCACCUAGAGCAAAGGCUGCAAGCAGGAACCAGAUGAUAAUGCCGCAGGACCAGAUGCAGCAACAACAGAUGAUGAUGAUGCCUCCAAUGCAGCAACAGAUGAUGCAAAACUACAUGUUCAAUGGAAACAUGCCCAGUAACAUGAAUGGUAACUUUAAUGCAAAAAUGCUGUAUGGUUACGGUCCAAUGACAAUGCAGCAAUAUCAUUAUCAACAGCAGCAGCAACAUCAACAACAGCAAUUUCAGCAGCAGCAACAACAGUAUUUGAAUGUGCCAUUCAAUGGUGCCAUGCAUAAUUUAGGAUAUAACCCUGGUUGCCAGCAAAGCACACAAGACCAAAGGUCACAGUUCAGUAAACUUGAAAUGUCGCCUGGAUGUAACCAGGUAACGAGUUCCACUGAUGUCGUUGAGAGCAGGCAAGAACCAGAAGCGCCACCUAUUGAAAACUUCAUGGAAAAUCUUAACUCCAUCUCAGCGGAAAACUUCAUGGAUAAUAUUAACUCCAUUUCGCAGGAGAAUUUCAAUGGGGUUUAUAGUCCCACUGCAUUGAGUAAUCGAUCAAACUCACAAGUGUCAAGAUACAGUGCCGCAUUGAUGAAUACUUCGAACAUGGUGGUGAACGACAUGAGUUCCACUCUCAUGCAACUGGCAGAAGAGAAUAAAUACUGGAGCAGGCGACAUUGAUGCUGUUAAACUUGUUUUCUUGUUCACUCAUUUUGCAGCUAAACGUCUUGUUGGUUUGUUAUUGUUAUUUUUGUGUUUGGUAAAUUGUCUGCCCUCUACCAUAUUUUAUUUCCUUGUCUUCAAAAAGGAGUUGUUGUUUUUUUAUUUGAAGACUACAUAUAAGAUUUUUAUGAAUACUUUUGGGAAAGGAAAAAAAGAAAUUAAUUUACUUAAUCUUAGAUUUCUCUUUAAUCAAAAUUCAGUAAAUGCAAUCAGUCUGUUAGGGACACCUCAUUAUUCUUACAGAUGUUUUAAUAAAAACUUAGUCAUUAUAAUGCAUAUAUAGAGUAUAUUUGUUGGAUUCUGUGGAUUAUCGAUUUUAAUUCACGAGUGAUCAUAGAAAAUAAUAUUUUCACGAGUGGCACAGCCACGAGUGAAAAUAUAUGUUUUUUAUGAUCACGAGUGAAUUAAAAUCGAUAUUCUACCGAAUCCAACAAAUUUUCUUUUUAUUUUAUGCCUGUUUUAACAGUUUAUAUACCUUGUUAAAGAGUUUUACUAAAGAAUUUUGCUGGGAUAAUGACGUCAUUUCGUCAAAGAAAUGACGUCAUUUCACAGUAAACAGUGAAAAUUAUCGAUAAUUUUCACUGAUAAUUUUCAUUGUUUGAACAGUGAAAUUAUCAGUUUUAAUUCACUGAUAUUUCCCUUUAAACCACCAGAAAGCAUAAAAUAACAAAAUAUUAUUCUAGAAAUCCAAGUUAAAGGGUAAAUGUUUAAAACCAGAAUUGAAUGUAAAUUAUCUAAUUGUAUUAAACGAAACCUGUUAUACUAAGUUGUGUACAUGUAUAUGUAUUAAGAUUUGCAUCUGUGUCAAAGGCAUUUAAAUGUUACUUGCUUAUUUGAGCUCACCUGAGCACAAUGCGCCCAUGUUGAGCUUUUGUGAUGGCUUUUUGUCCGUCCUGCGUCAGCAACAUUUGCCUUGUGAACACUCAAGAAGCCUUUUAUUAAUCCUUGUGAACACUAGAGUUCACAUUAAUUGCCCAAUCUUCAUGAAAUAUGCACAGUACUUUUGUCCCAAUGGUGCAUCAACUGAGUAAUUUGAAACUGCUUUGCAAAAUGAUUCAGGAGAAGAAGGCCACUUUUAUUGCCCAAUCUUCAUGAAUCUUUCUCAGAACAUGUUUCCAAAUGAUAUAUCAACUGAGUUCAACACUUGACCACAUGGGGUAAUAAACAUGGUCUCAUUGUUAAUAAAAAAAUGAUCUAAUGAUUUCUUAGCUGAGUGAAAUAUGAUUCCAGUCCAUUCAAAAAGCUACUAAGAGGCAAUGAAGUUUGCCCUUUUCUGGCUUUAAUAAAAUCAUUUGAACACUCUAGAAUUCUUAUUCAUAACCCAUCCAUUAUGAAACUUGCUACAAAUAUUUUAUAAAUUGUGUUGUUAUGAUAUGUGAACUGAGUUAUAAAGGAUUGAGGUUUAAUUUAAACAUGUCUGCCACAUGUCCAGUGGAAGGUUUAUUGUGACAUCCAGUGAACACAACCUGUUCAGAAACAGCUAAGUUCCUGAGGUCUCAGGUGAGCACCUUAUGGCUUGUGCCCCCCUUGUUUUGCUGUAAAUAUUUGUUUCAAAUGUUACAUGACAUUUUAUCAUAGAUAAAUACCGGUAAUUGUUAUUGUGUUCAAGAUUAGCAUUUUAUUUUGUAUGAUUGAUAAUCAUUUUUAAGAAGUAGUUUGCUUUGUAUCAGGCUUUAUACUGCAGUGAAUGGACUUACAUGCAGGAUUGAACAACUUCCGAGUCUUCAUGAAAAACUUCAUUCAAGCACUUUCAAACAGUAGUUUGGUUCAAUAUUUCCCUAUUCUUAACCCUUACAGUGCUGGAACCGAAUUUUGAAGGCCUUUGCAAACAGUUUGGAUCCAGAUGAGACGCCACAGAAUGUGGCGUCUCAUCUGGAUCCAAACUGUUUGCUAUUCUGAUAGUAUUCUUUGAAAAAAAUCGAAGAAAAUGCUAAUUUUAGAAAUUCAGCAGACGACAUUUUAGCAGAUGACAAAUUUCCCAGCAUGCAAAGGGUUAAUGCAUGUUCUGUUAAAGAUGCUAAAUUAAAAGGAUGUUUAUCUCAAAUUUUUACACAUACCUAGCUAUUUAGUUACUUUAGUAAAAGGAUAAUUUGGAAGUUUUCAAGUAUUGUGUUUUGUAUGCUAAUAGUAAGGAAUUUCUUAUACAAGUAAGUGCUCAUUCUCAAAAAGUGCUUUACACUUUGUGCUAUUAUAUCUUUACACAUGUAUGUGCCUUAAAUAUCUUUAUGCCCUUAUCUUCUUUAGAGUUGGAUUUUAUAUGGUAGAAACCUACUUCAAAAUAAUUAAAUUUUCACAUUUUGCAUUUUAUGUCAUAUGGUUUAAAAAUUGAUUUGAUAUGUCAGCAUAAUGCAUUCACUUCAUAUGUGAGUCACGGAGGUAAUAACUUUGUUAAUAUCAUUCAGAAUUCUUUAUAUAAUGUUGAAAAAAUGUCAUUACAAAUUCAUCUUUGCGUCACUAUUUUAUUUAUUAUAUAGCAAAUAAGUUUGUUGAAAUACAAUUUCAGGACAUUUUUAAUACUUUAUACGCAAUGUAUAUAAUGCAUUGAUAUUACCCUAAAAGAAUCUCAGAUUUAUGUUCAAUAUAAUAUUUGUUUUAGAUUUGUUUUCUUUAAUGACUCUAAGUCAGUUAAGUCUAUGUUUAUUUUUAACAAAAUUAAUUUGUCUUGUUUCAUGUUGUUUUAUCUUAUGCUUAUUUUUAAACAUUCUCUUAAAGACAAACAUCUUUCUGCAAUUUAUUUUGUGAACAACAAUACUACUUUCAGACAAAUUUCACAGAGGAUAGCAUUUAUUAAAUAUGUUUAUUGUAAAUAAAUAGAUAAAUCUCCAAAACUGCACAUUUAAACUCUAGAUUUACUCCGUUUACAAACUAUUUUUAUUACAUAGUGAUUGACCUCCAGUUUUAUAAUGUUCUUGGAACAUAUGCAUUUAAGUCUUAAAAACAUAUUUUGUCUUCCAGACGACCAUUUUCUCUUCAAUGGUGCAUUUUUACUUUAAUGUUAUAUGUUUAUGCAUUUACUUGUUACAAUGCAAUUGUUAAGUGUGAUUGUUAAUGGAGAGUGCCUUAAGAGUCAAACUUAUUUGAUGUUCAUCGAUUCGUUUAUGAAUUCAUGUCAUAUAUGUUAUCAUUUGAUGGCAGUUAUGUGAAUUAUUUUUUAACAAUUUAAUUUAAAGAACACGUCAUUAUAUUAUCACUAUAUGUGGUAUUUGUUGGUAGGUUUCAUAUGUUUAUCAUUAAAAUUUCUUCAUAACAUCACGUGCAUUGUGUGUGAAUAAACAUGGCAAUUGUCCUAACUAUUCUCAUUUAUUGUCCCCUAACGGUUUCACCAGAGGGGACUUAUGGUGUGCGCUCUGUGUGUCUGUCAGUCUGUCACACUUUUCUGGAUCCUGCGAUAACUUUAAAAGUUCAUAAUAUUUUUUCAUGAAACUUGAAACAUGGAUAGAUGGCAAUCUGGACAUUAUGCACGUUCAUUUUGUUCCUACGUCAAACAUUCUGGUUGCUAUAGCAACAAAUAUAUUUUUUUUAAUACUGACAAUAGCGGAGCCGGUGGGGGACAUAUAUUGCUUGGCAAUAGUCUUGUUAUGUUCUCUGUUUUGUACACAUAAUAGUAACAUUUGGAUAGAGCGUUAUUGAAUUAUUAGAUAAAACCUAUGAAUACAGUUAUAUGGUCAGACCAAGUAUGUAACCAAAAAUUAAAGGAGUCUUGUGAUGCAGACUACUUUCGUCUAAUUAUGUUUGAGUAUAUGUGUUUUUUCCAACUCUUUAAUGCACCUCUGAAUAAAGCUUUGAUAUUACUUGUACCAUUAAUUAUAAACUAAACUAUCACAAUUCCAUCUCGUUUUCAUUAAUAAUCCAAGGGUUCCAAACCGCCGUUAUUAGUGUAUUUUUGCCGGUUGUUUGUUAUCAUGUUUGGUUUUGACUCAUUUCAUUUACUGAUUCAUUGAAAGCAUAUGCCAUAUCAAUAAACAUUAUAAUACAU